UUGCAUACUGUACUCAAAGAUCCUUCCAAGAAAACAGAUUAUCUCCUCCGACGUUUCCUCUGUCGGCUGCGAGCAGUGGUUAAGAAAGUCCUGGGGAGCAGCGCCCCGAGUCUGAAAUCCAGGAGAUCGAGUGCGGUUUGUCACGUAGAAGAACAUUUACUACGACAAAUGAGACAUAAGUUUCAUGCCCUGUCUAAAGAUGCUCAAAAGCACGACGAGGAUACGGAGACGAGACUAGUGGGAAAGGACCUAUUUCGAGGACUGGAGAAAUCUGGUAGUUGCUACGUUCUCAAAGAGGUGAUUGACUUCUAUCUUGGAACCGUUCUCCAGUCUGACCAUUUGCACGCCAAAUAUUCGCAUCUAAGCGACGUUAAAGAGUUUCUCGCCGUUCUCAUGAAACGGCACAUGUCUGACUGCGAUACUGAAGAUAAAACGAAAGCCAACAAAAACAUCGAACGACUGAAACAGAAAGUGGAGAAGCUCGGCAAAGCGAGUGAGGCCAAGGUUGUCGGGGAGCUGUUCAUCCUCCUGCAGGAGAUAACGAGCCGCUGUUCAACACCAGGAUGGAAACCCGGACACCAGGGGAAAUCACCGAUUGAUAACUGAGGAAAGCAAACCAAGACGCAAGGAAGAAGUACCAGUUUCCCCCAAAAACGUUUUUUUUUAACUUAACAAGGAAAUAUUUAUUUCUGAUGUAUUUAUUGUGUAUAAUGUUAUACACAUCAUUGUAAUUACUUACAGUAAGUUUUGCGUAGCAAUCAACAUUGCAUUGCUAAUGGUCACUUGUAACUUUUUAUUUUUAAUCACAUUCGGUAGGACAUCGA